UCGGGAGUCAAAUUUAGACGCUGAGCUGUUCGACUUCGCCACAGGAAAGGGGAGAACUUCGUUUGCGUUGCGCGUUUUUAAGUUGCGAUAUGGGCGUCGUUCAAACAGCGGUCGAGGAAUGCUGCUUUAGAAGCUUUAUGCACGCCACGACUUGGUCAGGUGGUACAUCUCGUUAAAAGAAGACUUGAGAUGUGUUACUUCCAGUACAUUGUCGACAUGGAAGAUGAUCAAAAGGUUGUUUCAUAUGAAAGCCUCCCUGAAACUGUUCUUUUAAAAAUUCUUCUGAAGCUUCCACUACCUGAUCGCCUCCAAGCAGCCCUGACCUGUCGUCAGUGGUGCAACAUCUUCACUUCACCAGCUGCAUGGACCAAAUUUCACUUUCGCUUUUAUGGCCGCAAAGACACAAGGCUUCUUCAGUGCAUUGUGUCCUAUGGUUCUUACCUACGGCAAGUUGUCAUUGAACUCAACCAGUUCCAAAAUGUCAAUCGUGUGAAUGCAGUACAAGCACUUUUACUACUUGCCAAGUGCUCUUCUACAAGGUUAUCAAGCCUCAGCAUCAUUUGCACUGGUGAAAAUCCCCUAUUUUAUGCAGGAAAAGAAUUUGUGUCAGCCUUGGAAACUGUUUUCAAGAAGUCUAACAGUCAUUUGAUUCAAGUGAAUCUGAGCAAGUUUCCAAUGAUGAUUGAUUCACAUACUAUUGACGUUCUAUCUCGACACAACCCCAGGCUAGAACGUCUGAACAUUCAGAAUGACAACCUUGUUUGCUUGGUACACCCAGAUAGCAUCCUCAGACUUGCUCAGCGUUGCCGGUGGCUUCGUGAGCUGUGUUUACACAAGUGCAGCCUUUCCCAAGAUGUGGUUCUGUGCUUCCUCGAAGAAAACCGUGUUCCUCUUGAGCACCUCUCCCUGCGGUGUCGCAGUGAGGAGAUCAUUGCCAGCCACCCGCAGGAUGAAAAGACACAACUGAGCUCGGAGCUGUGGUCUUGUGUGGUUGCUCGCCUGCCCAAGCUACGCGUGACCCUGCAUUUUGACCAGACUUGUCCUCUUGUGGUCAUUCCUUUGGUCAUGAAGCCAGAGGUACCGUGUUCAGUGCUCAGGCUGGAGACUUUCACAAUCAUACAUGAUAUGGUGUUACAGGCAGCAUACAACUACUCGGAAACACUUGAAAAACUUAUCUUGCAAGCACCACCUAGUGCUGAACUGGAAAGUGCCUUGCUAGAACUUUCUUGCAGGUGUUCUCGGCUAAGGGCACUGCAUGUCUUUUGCCCAUUGAGUGUGCACACAAUAGAUAACAUCCUACGGGAGCACCCACACAUGAAAACUAGUGGGCUUUACACAUUGAGGUCAGAAAGGGGCACUGAUGGACCGUGGGCAACAGAUGAUAAAGUGAAUGCAUAAUGCUCUGCACCAUACCUGGUCAAUAACACUUCCAUAAACAAGCCAAACCAUAAACUUUCCUUCUCCAUCUAGUGAUAAAUGUUGGAAGGAGUCACCAAAACAUUAAGGUUUGGCAAAGGAAUCACAAUUGCGUUUAAUAUCUGAGUGGAAUAUUCAUGAAAUUACAAUUCACAAUUAUAAAUGCAUCAUGAGUAAAAAAUAUUACAGUUGCUAUUGCAAAUAGUCUGGGUGCACACUCAACUUUAAAUAUUGUAUGUCAACAUGUUCUAAACACUUUUGCCAAAUUUUGCUCAUAACAUCAAAACAGCCUAAGCUAGCUAAAGAAUCGACAUAUUGCUGUAAUAAUGUGCAUCCGUGCUCGAAUAGUAAUAGGGUUUAUGGGGUGAUAGAAGCACACUUGACUUUUGAUAAAUUAUUACUCUAGGUCCACAGUUAUGCUAGAAGACUGAAAGGACAAGAUGCAUUCAUUGGCAAGUCGUGCAGUGCCAGUAUACCAGCCAAUAUUACUGGAUUUAGAACAUGCUGGAUUAGGCUAGUUGGUAAUGUUCCAUGGUACUAGGCUUAAAGCAUAAGCGCAAGACACAGGACAAGAUUCUCUUUGGUUGUCCUCCUUGGUUGUAUAGUACAAAAGUACUCAUCAGCUGUAAUCUUGUCCUGUGUCCUGCUUCUGCGCUGUAACUCUAAUACCAUAAAUUUGGCGUUGAGCUCAGAUAACAAAUGACUAGAAUGGAGUAGCCUUAACUUUGGUUUCACAAAAAAAUGCAUGGUUGUAAUCUCUUUUUUUUUUUUUUUCACAAUUGAACAGUGGAAUGCUGCAUACAGAAAAAAUUUAACAUGUUGAAAGCAUAUUUCAGUUAGACAUCUUAAUAUUGCCAUAGUAAAGUGUUAUGAAACUGAAAUUUAACAUACUUUGUCUUUUUUUUAACUGCAUGUAAACAGCAAAUGCACCCACUUACAUUAUGGGUAAAUCCAUUGUUUUAUGACUGCAUAUUGUUUCAAAAGCUAAGCAAACAGCCAAAUAAUUAUGCAAAGUAUACUUUCUUAUUAUUUUCUUAUAGUCAGUCACACAGGGCACUUUCGGUUGCGAAAGAGCCCAAUUAGGAUCGAAUUUCAUAAUCAUAAUUGGCUCCUUUCCACAGCUUGUGCAGAGGAGCCAAUGAAGAUAGAAAAAUUUGAUCCCAAUCGUGCUUAAUUGUGAGCAAAAGCAUCCAUGUGACACCAGUAUCGUAGAACUCGGAACACCUAUAUGAAGUGAAUUUCUUUGUAGCUACUUAAUUGCACUGUGCUUUCAUCAGAUCAGAAUAUUUAGGCUCUCACCUUUUAUAACUGUAGCCAGACAAGAUGUGGCACAAGCUGCAGUUAUGUGUGCAGAUGCAUACAGCGUACACACACAACUAAACUCGUGACUGGGUUAUAAUUUUCAAUUAUUCUCAUGGCAGAAGAGGAAACUUCACUCAUCAAAAUGUGCAACAGACUGGUGUUCUGGAGUCAAUAUAUGCUUAAUACACACAUGAAACCAGUGGUACACUAACAGGGAGGUAAAAAUACCCAGCACCCACCCAACCACUGAAGAUUGGUCCCCAGCACACUCACACACACUUUGUCGUAAUCUUUGCUUUACUGCCCAAUAGUUUCCGUUGGUAGAUUGACCUUCUUCUGGGGUUACAGACAAGUGAAGUCGUCUUGUUAGUCACUAAAGGCGAAGCAGCAUUGUGGGUGUGGGCUUUCUUGCUUUUACACCCUCAAAAGCAGUAAACAAAAAUAUCUUUUGAGGGAAAAAAGAAAAUAAAAUGUCCAGGAGUAACACUGUUCAAAUGGGCAAGAACGGUGUAAAAAUGGUCGCAAUUCCUAAAUUUAAGAAGAAGGAGAGUAUGUGUGGACAGUGCAGAUGGUCUGCAUACAAACCCCACAGGAGUGCAUACAGGUGCGCUUAGGCAAGAUGAACAUAUGUCACAAGACGGAUACAAAAUAUGUCAAUGUGGAAGAGGAUGUGCAAAAGAUAAAAGAAAAGAAUUCAUGUAAAAGACAAGACAAGGUUGGGGCACCCUGCGGCCCACCCACCACUCUGUUGCACUGUGUUAUCAUUUGCAACAACCCGGCUCUCUAUUAGUGUCGCCGCAUCUCUCGAUUUCCUUUCACCAAAUAAAUUCUGUCUAAUAAAUUCUAUCUGAACCAGUGAAUAAGCUUUCCACACUAAGUUUUCUAUGACAAAAGUAGAAGUCAAACAUCUGCAAUUCACUUGACAAGUAUCAGAGAAAGGUGCCAUUAAGCAGGUCACAUGCAAACAUAUUUCCCAUGUAUUUACGGCAUGACACUAACAGCAGUCGGGACUCAUAGAAAUUUUUGUUUACCUGUUAAUAUCUGGGAUUGUUUGCUUUUUUACCCCCUAAUUUAAAGAAAAGCUUUCUUUGACUACCCUCUCUCUCCCUCUCCCCCCCACUCAAGCCUUUUGCAUGGCUGCUGUUGGGUCAUUUGGUACUUUACUGGAUACUCCAGCUUAUAGAGCAUACAAUUUUUGCUAACAAAUAUGUACCAGUGAGAACACCUCUGUCCUGCAUAAUCAAACAAUAAAUUGCAACGUAAAACCUGUAUACUCUAUAACGUCAGCUCCUAGGUAUCACUAAUGUACACAGAUCUCUUAUUGAAAUAGCACAUGGUAUCCAACGGCUUUUUUUUUUUCUCAAGUUCUUCCUUCAACAAGAAUCAAGCAUUGCCUUAAUUCGCCUUUGUGAUAUUGCUGCAUCGAAGUAUCAUACUGUGCUUCCGCCGGAAUUUAUGUUUGCAUUUCGGCAUAGCUUAUAAGUGGUGUAGUGCAAUGCAUGACAUUACACACUGCACAGAAUGCAAAUGAAGACUAGUAUGCAUCAGUUGUACAGCAUUUAAUUGGGUGCUUCACAAAAGCUUUGCUUCACAUAGAUUCCUUCAUGUGCGUGUUAGAUCUGCAUAAUUUUUAUUUCUAUUUUAUUGUGUUCUACUCAUGUCAUUUCUAGCACCCCAUCUGGAGUAGCACAGCUAGUCCCUGCAUAUAGCAGAGCUGAUACCUUCAGCUGUUGUUAAAUUUAUCUGUCUCUUGUACAGUAUAAGCUCAUUCAUUUGGUGCUGCUGGAUAGGAUAACCAUGUGGUUGCCACAACUAAAGUGUGUAUUAUCAGACGUCUGCUUUAAUCAGCAACCACAAUGAACCCAUUGGCGAUGGGACUGAAUAUAGCAGCCAUCAUACAAUGCAAAAUGAGCAAGCCGACCCCACACCUAAAAUAUGGUGUUAAAAUGUUCCAUAUAGAUGCACAUGCUUUAAUUGUUUGCAGUUAUAUCUGCAUCUGUAUCGAGUACACAGCUUCACACAGGCUGUUCACAGGUCUACCACAACGUGCCAUGAGUAAAUUUAAUAUCUGCAUGAAGGAUGCGUUGCUUAAUUUUUUGGUUGCAAAAUGGCUGCCUGUUAUGUGCUUUAUUGGCGAGCUAUUAACUAUGCUUACGCUUACAUGUGAAAACCAAUACUGGAGUGUCUAUAAUGUGCAUCAGUGCUCCGUUACUGUAUUUAUUAAAGUUUUUUUCAAACUGUG